AAAGGGUUCUCCAAGGCCCCGGGGUGGGAUAAAAGGGGCCAGGGUGACCCGGGGGGUGACAAGGAUGGCGGGGUGCUGGGUGCUGGUGCUGGCGCUGCUGGGGGGGGCCUGCGCCCUCCCGGCCCCCCUGGCCUACACCCAGGCGCUGGCUCAGGCCGUCGACUCCUACAACCAGCGCCCCGAGGUGCCCAACGCCUUCCGGCUGCUCAGCGCCGACCCCGAGCCCGCCCCGGGCGUCGAGCUGAGCUCCCUGCGGCUCCUCAACUUCACCAUGAUGGAGACCGAGUGCACCCCGAGCGCCCGCGUGAACCCCGAUGACUGCGACUUCAAGGAGAACGGGGUCAUCAAGGAGUGCUCGGGGCCGGUGCAGUUUGGGCAGAGCUCCCCGGAGAUCGACCUGCACUGCACCGACGCCUCCUCCGAUCCGGUUCUCAUCCAGCGUGGCCGGUUCGGGCGCUUCCUGGGCAGAAUCCGGCGCUUUCGGCCCCGAAUCAACUUCGACAUCCGCGCCCGGGGCUCCAUUCGCCUGGGCUGAACCAAUAAAGAGGCCACUGGUGGCCACUGGUGGUCACGUCACUGUGGCCACUGGGCAUGAACUGGG